AUGCAUCAAUCACCUCUCAGUCCACUUACUGCACUUAGCUUGACUGGCUCAACCAGCACUCAUGAACACAUCUGCAAGAGUGAUACUAGUAAUUCACUCCUGAACCCAUUGAUGUCUACCAAUCCUGACGACGGCAUUGCACCUAGCUGGAUAGACAGGAGCCCAGUCAACUGGGUGCAGUGGGAUACUCUCCAUCAGGAUUUCAAUAUGAGUAUGGAAAUGGAAUUUGACUGA